AUGGGGGUCGUGAACAUUCCUCCCAAGGGCCUCACUCUUCGACAUGCCUCGGAGCACGGCACCUCGGACAAGUCUGCCAGUGAGCCCUCGCAGAUCUUCCGCCUGGACGUGGUCGAAAGCGUAACCAAGGAACUCCUUCGGUCUCUCAACAACAAAGAACAAGUCAAACUGAGAUGUGGUAGAAGACCACUCAUACAAGUGGGAAAGAAGGCAAUACCCUUGGAGACUACCCUCGACUCUUUCCCCACCGAGAUCUUCAAACGGUCUACCGAUGAUGCCGACUUGCUGUAUUUCUCGGGAAAGUCGAGCCACAGACUGGAAGUACAGAAAGCAGAAGAAGCUACUGCCAAAAGUGACGAGGCCUUGGCUACGCUAGAGAGCACACUGAAGUCCAUCCAGGAGCAGAGAGCGUCAAAUGAAACGAGUAUAAUAGGUGGUGCCCAACAUGUGGGAAAGAAGGACAUCAGACCAUCUCCCUCAUUGGGGCAAAGCUCAACAGCACUCAGGAAAGAUCUUCUGGGGGGGCUCUCAUCCUCGCGUCCAUCCAGCCCAUUUCUCACGGCCAGCUUCUCCCCGAGGCUGGGACCAACAUCUGCCGCUUUGUCUCCCGGUGUGUCUCCCAAAGACAGGGUCCGCCUCGACGCCAUUCGCAUCCCACUUGUUCACCUCCUGGCUGUCCGACCUAUGUCCCUCAAGGAGAUUUGUAAGCAGCUACGUGCCAGCAAGGAAGACUGUGAACGAUUGAUCGAGAAGGUGGCUAGAGAUUCAAAAGAAGGCGAUGGCCUCAAGGAGCUGAAGGAGAAGUCUUAUCGCGAAUUGGAUGUUUGGAAGUUCCCUUAUCGGUCUUCAGAUGAAAGACAGUCAGCCGUCGACCAUGCAAUCCAAGCAUACGAUCGUAUGCGGGUGGAAAAGAAGGACAACUUGUGGCAGUUACUAUUGCCUCAGAACGAACGGGGUAAAGGUAAAAUCCUCUCGAGGCUAAAUUUCGAUAAGCCCGUGGCACCAAGACCGACAGCAGACGACGGCAACGAGAGCAAGAACGAGGCAUCUGACAAGGAACCUCUAAAAUCAAAGACUAAGAAGGAUGUCACAGCGGCUACGCUGAAGAAGGUGAAAGACAAGGUCCCUAGCACGAAAAGCGCUCUUAAAGGAGACGGGUCCGUUCCCAGUCGUGGUAAGAACACUCCACAGCCUCCAAGCAAAGCUUCCAAACCCGAAGGCAAGUUUAAAUCAUCGGAGAGGAUCGAGGACUCAGACGAGGACGCGGAUGCAGCAGAGGUCACUGUCGCUCAACCCAAUCCCACAAAGGCUUCGGCCGUCGUUAAAAAGCCCAACCAAGAGAAGGCAAGACCACAGAAAUCGUCACAAAAUAUUGCGUCACCCCGAAAACCGGUGCACAAGUCAUCUGCCUCGAGUUCAUCUUCUAGUGGGACUGAAAAGGCGCGUCCAGCAGCGGCAAGCACCACAAAAUCCUUGAAACCUGUACCAAAGUCGGAAGGGACGGCGUCCCGCAUCUCACCGAGACCCAGGCACGAUAGUUCACCGUCGAAACCGUCACCACUUGGAUCUUCGCCUCCUACGACCUCGACUGAUGUUGACAAUUCCAGCUCGAGCAAAGCUUCAAACCAGUCUUCAGCGCCAUCAUCUCCGCCUUCAAGCGUAGAUCUGCCAAAGCCAAAGCAGGGCACUAAGUACUCUCCAGUUGUUGCCGAUAAGAGUCAACCUGUUUCUCGAGGAAGAAGCCCGGACAGAAGUCCUGCAAAGCGAAAGGCUCCGCUUUCGGAAGAGAGCAGACCUUCGAAACGCCAGCAAUCGGAAGCUGCUCGUUCUGCAAUUACUGCGAAUGGUGUUACCGAGCAACUGAAGCGACCAACCCCUGGACGGAGAGACACUGAACUAUCUUCUUCGCCGGAGAAGCGAGGUCCCACCAGGCAAGACAUCAUGGAGGACGCCAGGCGCUUUCAAAAGUACUAUAAGAAAUACAAGGACCAGUAUGAGCGAAUAGCACAGAUGGAGGAGAACGAGCGUGACGAUAAAGACAUGGCCGAUCUGUGGAGGAUGCAUAAGCGGCUGAAGGAGAUGAAGGCCGAUAUUUGGCACAACUGGGGCAAGGUUGAGACGGACACAAAAGUUGAUGAUGUUGUGAGGGAAAUGGUAGCCGUUCAAUAA